AUGACGGAUAUGAUGUAAUAUUGGUAACUUUAUGUUGAAGCAGAAACGCACUAGUGAUGGCGGAAGUAGCGCUGCUGCUACCCGUGAUGGCGGAAGUGCUGGAGGAGAAGAUGAAGCUGGACCCGGAGCGUAGUCGCUAUCCGCAUUGUAUAGUGUGGACCCCGAUACCAGUUUUAACAUGGUUAUUUCCAUUUAUUGGCCACAUGGGGAUUUGUACAUCAUCAGGUGUGAUCCGAGACUUCGCUGGACCUUACUAUGUGUCUGAGGACUGUAUGGCCUUUGGAAAACCAGUAAAGUACUGGCAACUGGACCCCAGUCUUAUUCUUGCCAGUGGUUCUAAUCCAUGGGACACAGCUGUUCAUGAAGCUUCUGAGGAGUAUAAGCAUCACAUGCACAACUUGUGUUGUGAUAACUGUCACUCACACGUUGCUCUGGCUCUGAACUUAAUGAAAUACAACAACACCUCCUGGAACAUGGUAAAACUAUGCAUUCUAUGCCUUGUAUACAGCAGAUAUAUCAGCUUUGGCGCAUUCCUGAAGACCUGGGUGCCUUUCAUCUUGUUGGCUGGAGCAGUGAUGACAGUGGUUCUCACUUUACACCUGCGCUGAGGCAGAUAACUUAUCUGUAAUGGGGCAUCAGCUCAUGUUCCAAGAUACUUGUAGUGUCAUACUCUGGAACUAAGGCUGAUCUAAAAGAGAGGACAAUGCCUUUUCAUUAUGGAGUCCCCUGAUAACAUCACUCAGUUUCAUAGAGACUUGCAUGGAAUAUUAUGGCAAAUGUGUUCUUCUUGUUUUUAAUUUUGUGGCUCAGACAGAUGGUACUGCUUCUGUUCUGAUCAGCAGACUGUAGGAUACUGUAUGAACAGUUGGUGUCAUAUCAUGCCCAUAAAAUGCCCAGUGCAGUAAGUGGUAUGCAAUGAAAAUUAUGAAAAUUCCUUCAUUUUGAAUACCUGCUACUAGAAUAUAGAUCGACUUGCAGGGUUACUUCUGAAGGUGUACAAAUAAAUUCUGAUAAAAAAAACACAAAAUCAUACUACAUGUUAUGUUUUUAAUGCGUGAGCAUAAAUUCAGACCAGUAUGCACUUUCUCUUAUUACUGUUUCAUGAUUCCCCUUAAUUAGUCUUUCAGUGGAAACACAAAAAUAAUUCAUAAUGGGGGAGGGAUAUGUUGGCUAAGAAAGGAGACCUAAAAUAUUUUUAAAGGGAAAAUAUAUCCACCUUAUUUACUUUCACAUGGUUUAUCUCAGCUCCUGUGUGCUCAACAUAUUCUUUCCCUCCUUCAGAUGCAGUUUGUCCAACUUGAAGCCCACAGGUCAGAUAUGACACCCAAUUGAUUAUUAAUACCCCCAACUUUGCUUAAGGACUUUGUACACUUUUUAUAUCAUUAUAUAUUAUUGAAAUAUAAUCCUUGAACAUGCAGUGUGACAACUCCAGGCUAUGGGUGGUCGUGGGUGUAGGUUGAGUAGGACACAAGAUGCUUUUAACAAAUGAGGCUAUUAAUUGCAGCAUUGCAACUUCAAUGUCACAUGUUUUUCUAUGGCAGCUAGUCUGCACUUAACGAUUUGGCCUGUGAAGGAUGCCAGGGUUGGGGACUGGUACUUUAAACUUCCAUGUGUAAAAAGACAAAGGAUUGCAUACACUGGCUGAUAAAAUCGGCUAAGUCAGUCCUUCCACGCCAAGUUGGCAGCAUAUUGGCCCAUGUAUGUGGCCACCAACAAGUAAGGACCACAUUGGUUUGUUGAUGGGGCCUUGUCCCUACAACCUGCAUUCCCAGCAUUAUGGUCUGAUGAUUUGGCAUGAGGACCAAACCGUCAGAUCGCAUAUUGCCCAACUCGAUGUGGGCAUGUUGCGAAACAUCUGCCUGUUUAAAUCAGAUUUUUUACAUGUACAGCCAGCUUAACAUUGUGUUCUUGGCAAAUACCUUUGAAAGCCACCAAGGAACAACUACUGUCACAAAUGCAGAUGUGGGUUUGAUUCUUUUUGUAAACCACUAAAGCAGAUUUCACAGUUGGCCAAUAAUUUGGCAUUCCAGUCAGGCUCUGAAUUGUAAUUGUAUUAAUCACAGCUAAUACUGCUGGGUCAAUGGGGUGCUAUUUGGUAAGCAUAUGCCCAGUUUAGUCUGCAAAUGGGAUCUACAGAGUGCCCAGCUCUUACAAUAGAACUUGGGGGGGUGACUGUAUUGGGGAGAGCUAACCGCACAGAGGGUCUUGCUUUGUUUGCAUCACAGAAGGGGUCACUAAUUUGGGGAGGAACAGGGAAUGAAGGCUGGCUACAAUUAACAUUUUAUCAAAUAAGGCAUUAAGGUACAUUUAAGCACUGAUAUAAUUUGAAGAUUUUUUUCUCCAAAUAGUUCAAUGCUCUUAGUGGUUGUAUUCUUUCUUUAACUGCUUUUGGGAAAGGUUAGAAUUUCUAAAGCUGCACAAUGAGACGCUUGCUACAUUGUUCCCAUUGGACAGUGCACAUAUACUGCAUCUCCAAUCUUCCAUUGUGAAUUUUGUCUUGUAGAGCAUCAGUAAGAUUCAGAAAUGGUAACACUGAGGGAGGAUGAAGGCUAAGAAUACUUAAGGGAGUCUAGCUAGUGAAGCAGUGCACUUUAAAUAAGAGAUUUCUUUGUAAUUUUAGAAGAAUCUGUUUGUAAGUAAUAUUACUGGCUUUCAUAUACACAGAACACACAAAGGAAGUUACACAAGAGAAGGGCAGGGAGUCCCUUCUGGUAAUGGACAGAGAUGAUAAACGGAUAUUUUUAUCCAACAAAUGCUGUGCUUCCAAACAAUUGUAGAGAAAUACUGUGCUUCCAUAAGUAAUCCAAUACUACUACAAAGAUCUUCAGGAAAUCUCCAGUACAGCACUUCCAGAAGAACUAGUUUGUUGGGGUUAAUGAUUGAUCUGAUAUGGCCAGAACAGAGAAAGGCUUGCAUCAUUGCUUUGGGUCAAGUGGAGUUUUGUGCUAAGGAUAGAAAUCUCAAUGAAUGUAUUGCUAAAGGGGGUUAAUUAUGAAACGUUUGUAUUUAAGAGUUAUGUCAGCUUUUUUAGACCUCGAAUAAAAUCACAACUGCAA